UUAACAUCCGGUUUUAUUAUUUUCCUUGUCAAAACAAAUGGACAAUGGCAUCUAGUUAGCAUACUUAAUGUCAAUAACCCACCAUAACAAGAAAGAAAAUUGAAAUAUUUUUUGUCCGAAAGGUUUUAUUCCAAGGAACAUACAGCAUACGUUGUUGCUGCUGACAAUUACUAAGUACUGGUACAGUAGAGAAGUGUUGAUGUUGAGCUGGGUGGAAUAUUACAGGACCGGCUAGUCCUGUAUUGACAAUGGAGGCUAGUCUGUGCCCUAACAGCCUACUGGAAUCCCAAGGGUCCCAGACCAGCGAAACGCCCACCCCAGGAGACGACCGCUUCAUGGAUCAGGAGCGCCCCAGCAACCUACUGAAGGGUUUCUCUCGCCUGUACAAAAAUAAGGAGUUUGUGGAUGUUACACUGAUUGUGGAUGGACGCGAGUUUCCUUGUCACAAAAAUGUGCUGGCAGUAUCUAGUCCAUUCUUCAUGGCCAUGUUCUCAACGGACAUGGCAGAGAGUCAGCAGGAUAAGAUAACUUUGAAAGAGCUAGAGGCCCUGACUAUGGAGCUGGUGCUGGACUAUGUGUAUACUGGGACAGUAAUGUUGUCAGAGGACACAGUUCAGCACCUCCUCUCUGCCAGUAACCGUUUCCAACUCCUCAGCCUCAGGAGUGGAUGUGCAGAGUUCAUGAUGAAUCAUAUCACAGUCAGCAACUGUAUUGGUGUCUACUUUUUUGCUAAGGCCCAUGAGUGUCAGGUACUUGCAAAUAAGGCAAAAGAAAUAAUCAACAACCAGUUCAAUAAUUUAUGUCACCAGCAGGAAUUCCUCAGCCUCCCUGCUGACAAACUGGUGGAGAUCAUCAGUGAUGAUGACAUUAAUGUGACUGCGGAAGAGACAGUAUUUGAGGCCUGCAUGGAGUGGCUGAAUACAGAUACAGCCGGGCGUCAGCAACAUCUGACUGCUAUCAUGGACUGUGUCAGGUUUGCUAAUAUUAGUUCCUAUUACUUCUGUGACCGGAUAGACAACAGCCCGAUACUGCGGGAGUGUGCAUCUCUGAGGAAGACUCUAGAGACUGUCAGGUAUUACCACAUGUUGAGGAACAGACAACAGGAAAUGGAUCUGAAUCUGAUGCCACGUAAAGGCAUGAUGUACGAACGAGGGGUUAUGAUCAUCGCCAACCCCUACACUGAAGAUCAGCUCAAAAAGUACAACAGCAUGGAAAUGUUGCUACCUAAACUUGGAGAGGUGAUCCACAUUUGUAAACUGCCUCAGAGUCUUUAUACCCCAGGUUGUGCCAUCACGGGAGACAAUCAGAUCUACUUGGCGGGCGGGGCGAUUCGUAAGAUAAAUUAUCGAGGCUCCAUCACUACAGAGGGUGUGUCCAACAACUUCUACAUCUAUGACCAGGUGGACCGAACAUGGCAGACCAAAGCCAAGAUGCAUAUGUCCCGCUCUCAGUUUGGACUCACAAUUGUGGAUGGAUAUGCGUAUGCCAUAGGUGGACAGGAUGGAGCAGAGAUACUGACCACCGUUGAGCGCUAUGAUCCUCACACUAAUGCCUGGACACUCAUCAACCCCCUCAACAAGGCACUGAGGUUCAUGACCUCCAUCUCCUACAAGGGUAAACUAUACGUGUUUGGAGGGGAGACAACCAACAGCAUCAGCAGCUCUGCCUACAGAUAUGACCCUACAGAAGACAGUUGGCUAGAGUUACCUCCCAUGUCAACCCCAAGGGUGCUUGCAGGCAGCGUCAUACACAAAGACAAGAUCUACGUGAUUGGGGGUAACUCAGCACUCAGUGAUAAAUGGAAGAAGGAGUUUUUACCAGAGCACUGUGUGAGUUCUGUGGAGGUGUUUGACCCGGAAAACAACACCUGGUCUCUCGGGCCCGAACUUCCCAAUGCCAUGUGUGGGGCAGGUAUUGUGAAGUACGGCAAUACUAUUCUGAUUGUGGGUGGGGAGGAUGACAAGAGUUGGAUGGCUGGCCUGUGCUGGCUGAAGGAGGACCAGGACAAGCAGAUGUGGGUGGAAGGACAAGAGCUUCCCACUGUCAUGAGUACAUUUGGUUGUGUUGUUGCCAAUAUCCAGGACGAUGUGACAAAACGCUGACUCCUCUCAGGACGAGAAGAUGUGUAUGAUGGCUGGAACCAUGUCAGGUUUAACAUAUCUGUUUGAAAAUUCGUUAUCAUACAGUACGUUUUGACUAAACAUGAGUUACUGUUGUGACCAGAAUAUGUAGCUAAAUGCCUGGCUUUUUGGACAGGACUUGCGUAAUGAUGAUCCUCUGAGGAGUUGUGUUUGUCAUCACUGAUAUACAGGAUAGUGUGACUAAAUACUUAAUGUAUUGAACAGGAACGUUGCUGUGAUGAUCCAUGUCUGUCUGUGAUCUGACAAUGAUACAUUGUAUACAUGUAUAAGGCUAAAUACAUUCUACUAGCUUAGCCAUGUCUGUCUGUAAUCUGACAAUGAUACAUUGUAUACAUGUAUUAGGCUAAAUACAUUCUACUAGCUUAGCCAUGUCUGUCUGUGAUCUGACAAUGAUACAUUGUAUACAUGUAUUAGGCUAAAUACAUUCUACUAGCUUAGCCAUGUCUGUCUGUGAUCUGACAAUGAUACAUUGUAUACAUGUAUUAGGCUAAAUACAUUCUACUAGCUUAGCCAUGUCUGUCUGUGAUCUGACAAUGAUACAUUGUAUACAUGUAUUAGGCUAAAUACAUUCUACUAGCUUAGCCAUGUCUGUCUGUGAUCUGACAAUGAUACAUUGUAUACAUGUAUUAGGCUAAAUACAUUCUACUAGCUUAGCCAUGUCUGUCUGUGAUCUGACAAUGAUACAUUGUAUACAUGUAUUAGGCUAAAUACAUUCUACUAGCUUAGCCAUGUCUGUCUGUGAUCUGACAAUGAUACAUUGUAUACAUGUAUUAGGCUAAAUACAUUCUACUAGCUUAGCCAUGUCUGUCUGUGAUCUGACAAUGAUACAUUGUAUACAUGUAUUAGGCUAAAUACAUUCUACUAGCUUAGCCAUGUCUGUCUGUGAUCUGACAAUGAUACAUUGUAUACAUGUAUUAGGCUAAAUACAUUCUACUAGCUUAGCCAUGUCUGUCUGUGAUCUGACAAUGAUACAUUGUAUACAUGUAUUAGGCUAAAUACAUUCUACUAGCUUAGCCAUGUCUGUCUGUGAUCUGACAAUGAUACAUUGUAUACAUGUAUUAGGCUAAAUACAUUCUACUAGCUUAGCCAUGUCUGUCUGUGAUCUGACAAUGAUACAUUGUAUACAUGUAUUAGGCUAAAUACAUUCUACUAGCUUAGCCAUGUCUGUCUGUGAUCUGACAAUGAUACAUUGUAUACAUGUAUUAGGCUAAAUACAUUCUACUAGCUUAGCCAUGUCUGUCUGUGAUCUGACAAUGAUACAUUGUAUACAUGUAUUAGGCUAAAUACAUUCUACUAGCUUAGCCAUGUCUGUCUGUGAUCUGACAAUGAUACAUUGUAUACAUGUAUAAGGCUAAAUACAUUCUACUAGCUUAGCCAUGUCUGUCUGUGAUCUGACAAUGAUACAUUGUAUACAUGUAUAAGGCUAAAUACAUUCUACUAGCUUAGCCAUGUCUGUCUGUGAUCUGACAAUGAUACAUUGUAUACAUGUAUAAGGCUAAAUACAUUCUACUAGCUUAGCCAUGUCUGUCUGUGAUCUGACAAUGAUACAUUGUAUACAUGUAUAAGGCUAAAUACAUUCUACUAGCUUAGCCAUGUCUGUCUGUGAUCUGACAAUGAUACAUUGUAUACAUGUAUAAGGCUAAAUACAUUCUACUAGCUUAGCCAUGUCUGUCUGUGAUCUGACAAUGAUACAUUGUAUACAUGUAUAAGGCUAAAUACAUUCUACUAGCUUAGCCAUGUCUGUCUGUGAUCUGACAAUGAUACAUUGUAUACAUGUAUAAGGCUAAAUACAUUCUACUAGCUUAGCCAUGUCUGUCUGUGAUCUGACAAUGAUACAUUGUAUACAUGUAUAAGGCUAAAUACAUUCUACUAGCUUAGCCAUGUCUGUCUGUGAUCUGACAAUGAUACAUUGUAUACAUGUAUAAGGCUAAAUACAUUCUACUAGCUUAGCCAUGUCUGUCUGUGAUCUGACAAUGAUACAUUGUAUACAUGUAUAAGGCUAAAUACAUUCUACUAGCUUAGCCAUGUCUGUCUGUGAUCUGACAAUGAUACAUUGUAUACAUGUAUAAGGCUAAAUACAUUCUACUAGCUUAGCCAUGUCUGUCUGUGAUCUGACAAUGAUACAUUGUAUACAUGUAUAAGGCUAAAUACAUUCUACUAGCUUAGCCAUGUCUGUCUGUGAUCUGACAAUGAUACAUUGUAUACAUGUAUAAGGCUAAAUACAUUCUACUAGCUUAGCCAUGUCUGUCUGUGAUCUGACAAUGAUACAUUGUAUACAUGUAUAAGGCUAAAUACAUUCUACUAGCUUAGCCAUGUCUGUCUGUGAUCUGACAAUGAUACAUUGUAUACAUGUAUUAGGCUAAAUACAUUCUACUAGCUUAGCCAUGUCUGUCUGUGAUCUGACAAUGAUACAUUGUAUACAUGUAUAAGGCUAAAUACAUUCUACUAGCUUAGCCAUGUCUGUCUGUGAUCUGACAAUGAUACAUUGUAUACAUGUAUUAGGCUAAAUACAUUCUACUAGCUUAGCCAUGUCUGUCUGUGAUCUGACAAUGAUACAAUGUAAAGGCUGAUAGGAACCAUGACCAGCAAUGUGAUAGGUAGGUUUGGUUGUGUGAUUGUUAACUUAAAGAACAAUGUAUUAAUAUUUAUCACAAAUAUUUCAGUUUUCAUGUAACAGGCAUGUUUGAUCAUGUUAUUAUUAUACGGAGGCAUGGUAGUCUAGUGGUAGAACGCUGGGCUCGUGACCGAAAGUUUGUGGGUUCAAGUCUCGUCACAGCACUGUGUUGUAUCCUUGAACAAGAUAUUUUACCCAGACUGUUCUAGUCUACUCAGCUGUAAAU